UCAAAGUAACGGUGCUAUUGAUUCCUAUUUUUAUUUAUUCUGUGUGUCUGUGUUUUGUUUUAACCUUUUACAUCUUGUAUCGUCAUAAUUCAGUGUAAUAUGUCUAUCAUGGAUGAAUCGUUUCCCGCCGAGCUGUUCGACCAGGUUACCAACAACGGCGCCAGCACCCCACGCCAGAUACAGGAGCUCAAGAGGCCAACGAUCUUUGAGCAUAAAGACGCCCAUAGUCCAAAGUCCAAAGCAGCGGAUCGUAGGAAGCGCUUCUCUCACUCAGCGUAUACCAAGCAGCGCUACAAGCACGUAACUAGCAAAGUGGCGAAAUACAUUGCGGAAAUGGAAGCCCAGGACCAGACGAGUCGUAUGGCGAAAGAAAACCUGCGGCGUAACAAUUCUAUGCCGGAGUACCAAACAGAGCGCUGUGACGUCAGAGAGCGCAGGCACUUCAGCGUGGACGAGCUCAAUGUGGUGGACCAGUCAGUGACUAACGAGAGCUACGAGCGCCUUCUCUGCGAGAUUGAGCGCCAACAUAAAGAGAUUGAUCGCCUUCAGGAAGAGAACUUGCGCGUGCAGUCCUACAGCGACUAUCUGCAAGGCCAGCUAGACGAAAAGGCUAUGCAGACGCUUAUAAUGAAGCGAAAUUUUGAGAGCAUUCGCAUCGAUUUGGACAUCUGCAUGCAGAAGUUGAAGCGGUAUGAAAACGUCUAGCUGCGCACCCCCAACAUCAUUUUUUCUGUUUCCAUAAUAUAAUGUUUUUAUUUAUCUAUUUUGUAUUGCGUGUAAAUGUAAGUGUAUAGGGUGAUUUAAAGCAAUGUUUUAUAUAAUCUAAGUUUAUUAUGUUCUGCGGUGUGAUCAACUAUUUAAAUAUAGCGGGGUUAAGUUUGUAUUUUAUUUUAUCAUGGAAUAUACUGGUAUCUUU